CUUUAGCGGAUUUUCUACUGUUCGGAAUUAAAAAGUCGUACACAAAAACUUUGUAUUAACGUUUUCCAUCCAAUAAUUUUUAUUAUACUUCAAUUCAGUUAAUAAUUGUGUAGGUUUUAAUCAGGUGGUUUUAUAUUCGGAGUAAGCAAUGUAGUUUGAAAUGGUGCUGCAAAAAGUUAAUCAUCAGAAGAUAGCUGAUAUCAAGUGCUGGGUGUAGUUUACGGAACGGUGUGAGAAACGGACAAAUUUUGCACAAAAUUAUUUUUAAUUUCUCUCAAAUGGAAAAUUAGGCACCAGUGUUUGUUAAAUAGACCGCAAAAAUGGCUUACAUUAACGUUGUAGAAUGGACGACAGACCAAGUGACCGACUGGCUGAAGGGUUUAGAUGAGUCAAUGGAGCACUACAUUAGAUCUUUUACAAAUAAUGAAGUAGGUGGUCGCCAACUACUAAAUCUACGCCCAUAUGAAUUGGAACAACUGGGAAUGUACUCUAUUGGUCAUCAGGAAAUUGUUUUGGAAGCUGUUGAAAAUUUGCGAAACUUCUAUUACAAUUUAGAUAAAGAAAAUCUUCAAUUUAUGGCAUUACAUGUUGCUACGGCUGCACACAGCUUGCAUCGACAGUUGGUUACGCAUAGUGAUUCAUCCAAAAUUGAAACACAAAUUUUGAGUGAUAUUACGCGGACUAUUGGUACUAUAAAACCUCUGAUAGGUUGGCUGGAACGCGCACCCUUUCAAGGCCAGGUUCAAUUCACAGAAAUAUGUAAAAAUUUACUACGUCUCGGGCUUGAAAUGGCUACCAUGGCGCAGAGAGAUCGUUUCGUCGAACGUCCUGUAGAUCAAAUACGUGGGACAGCGGAGAAGCUUGAACGACUUGCCAAUUACAUUAUACAAGAUAUAUCAGAUCCUAUGCUUUUACAACCAGCUUCACUAAAUCUCGUCACGGUAAAGAAGCGAGAGAUGGAUCCUGGCUUUGAGAUUGAAUCCAAUUAUCAUGGUGUUCAUAGGAUUACUGAAAUUAAGUAUAAUUCACCAGCGCAUACUUCUGGAAAAAUAGAAUACGGUGACGAAAUUGUGCAGAUUAACUAUCAGACAGUAGUAGGGUGGCAGGGUAAAACUGUUUGGCACCAACUACAUGUAUCUCCAACUGAUGUGCUAUUAACGUUGAAAAAGCGCCCAAAGCAUACAAAAAUAUAUGGUCAAAUUUAUAUGCAACCUUACCGUUUACCGAGCAAAAAACGCACAGUUGGAUCACGUUGGGGUGAAAACUUGCCGCCCGCAAGGACUGGUUUCCUAACUGUGCCUACUAAUCAAGCUGCGUUUGAGCUUUUGUCGCUGAAGUCUGAAGAAAAAGCAGCCACAACUGCUUCGGAUACAGAAUCCAAUUGCAGUGACACAUCUUCACCUAUAGAAACCAAGACAUCAGAGAAACGUAGUCGUCUAUAUUACGAAAAACCCCGUACAGUAUUACAACGUCGACAUACAAUCAGUGGUGACCUGAAAUGCAGUAAUGAUCUGUUUCAACAUCAAAAACCAAAUGCCGGAAUUGUAUGCGAUCCGUCGUCACCAAGUUUACGAGAUAAAUGCAAGUCAUUCGGAUUUGGUUUGGAGUUAACUUCACGGCCGAAAACCUGUAUAGGUAUGGGUGGCAAAAACGAUGAAAUACAAGAUGUGUUCAACAAAUCGAAAACCAAUGCCGACAGCACAGAAAAUGGUGAAAAUUCUAUUGAGCGAUCAAAGCCAGGAGUGAGCAAAGUUGUGCGCUUCGAUGCUAAUAUGAAAUAUGAAGACUAUCCGGUGGAUCAAAAAUUUACUUGCAAUGUUGAAAAUACUAUUUUAGAAACUUUUGAGCCAAUACUCUUUGCGGAUGAGGAGGAUGAGGAUGUGUUGGAUAUGCAACGUAAUGCUGUGCGCGAAGACAAAGCCUCAGCACUGUCGCCGUCAACGCCAACAACGACACCAACCACACCCAAACCCCCGGCUCCAUUGCCCGACGCAGCUACUGCAACUCAAGUUGUGGAAGCAGUAAACGCACCCAUCGUAGCUCGUCGAGGUCGCCUAGACAAAAGCCAUAGUACUCCAGCCUACGACAAUACAGGUGUAGAGAGUGAAACACCACCCGCUAUUGAGCCGCGAAAAGAGUUUCUACAGCAAACUCCUCCUGUGCCACCUCCCCGUCCACGUAAACAAAAAGACAUGUCGCCGCAACCAGUACCACCACCCCCUCCUAAACCCCUGAGUCUGAUGGGUACGACAUUGCAAUCCCCUGCAAACAUUAAAAAACCUAAUUCAUCCCCUGUAAAUGCAGAAGGAUCUAUCCAUACUCAACUGCAAUUACCCUUACCAGCAAUCCCCGCAAUGAUGAAUUCGCCGACAAAUACGACCAGCGCCAAUAUUAAUGUGCCGAAUACUACAGGACAAGUCAACGAAUUGCACACUCCAACAAAGAGUCGCACAUUGUCGCUGAAGAAAAAACAUAGUUUGGUCAAUAAAAGACGCAAUGUUAACCUGAAAGUACUUGGAACAGGUGAUAUACAAGGUCAUUUGUACAGACGUACGAAAGAUAGACGAGGCGUGACAUUUUGGGCUCGCUUAUAUUUUGUUAUGCUGAAUACUAUCCUUUACGGUUUCCGAUCGAAGGAAGCAACAAAAGCCAGUUGUGUUAUCUUUCUACCUGGAUUUACGGUGUCACUAGCUAAGGAAGUGCAUUCGAAGCCGCAUGCCUUUAAAGUAUAUCACGCCGCAAAAACCUUCUAUUUCGCGGUCGAGUCACAAGAUGCGCUGAAUCAGUGGGUGGAAUUACUCAAACAAGCCACUUUGCACACACAACCUCCAAAUUCGCACAACAUGCGGCAACUCUCAUCGGGCAGCGCAGCAGAAGACAUCAACACGAAAGAUUUGUUCUCCGAAACCGAUAGUUCUGGCGAAGAAACUGAAUCCUUAGUGUCUAGCAAUUUAUGCACGCCGUCACCGCAAUCAUCAGGAAAGGAUAUCAUUGCUAAUUUAACAGCCGCUACAUCCACACCCAACACUUCCCAGCCGAAACAGGAACGUCGUUAUUUGGGUUCACUGCGUAAGCUAACAAAGGGCACCCUGCCGUUCAAAAGCAGUAUAUCAUCAAGUGAGAAGAAACAUUCGAGUGACAUUCCAGUGCCCACUGAUCAGUAUCGUAGUUAUCGAAAAGUUCCCGGCGGCAGUUUUGGCCUGCAGAUUGGCACCAAUACUCCAGGCUACCAUCACGAUCUGUCAUUUCAACUUCAGCCAAGUAAUAAUCCCCCUACAUAUGGUAUGAAUACUUCGCAGCCACAAUUGGCGCCAACCGCGGCGCCACUUCCACCACUCCCCACUCACGAAGAUUCAGAUCGUAAACUUUCGCUGUCUUCAAGUCACGUCUCAAUCGUAAGCAACGGUACAGAUUUUUCAAUCAACUCUUCUAUGUUGUCUACAGCCUGCUUAGGACCGCCAUCGUCACCGGCACCGGUGCCAGAGCGUAAUAUCACCUAUUCCGCGCACCAUCAAUCACCUGGUGCGCUCAGUAAUUCCACAUCAACUUCAAGCAUAUCAUCGAGAUCAAUGCGUAAAAUACCAUACAACUUCAUACAUGCGUCCAAUCCAAAUUUGGUUGAAUUCGAUUUCCAAACUUCAAAAACACUUGACUAUUCACUGCCCAAAAUAAACUCAGCCAAUUCGUGGGAUGCACAUCAUAAUAUACAGACCUUUAUCACUUUAAAAGAUUUAAUGUUGCGUAAGCAGGAGGAGGAGGCCCAAGAGAUGUAUAACAAUCGUGUGCUGCUAGGUGUCGAAAAGAAAGAUAUCCAACAGAAUAGAGCUUGUGGCGGUGGCGGUGGUGGUGACUGCAAUGACAGUUGUGCCGGCAGUAUAAGUAGUAAACUGUCCAAAACUCAGAAUCGUAGUUUACCGAAGACGCCCGAUUACGAAAUUAGUUUUAAACCGACCGAUGAAGAUAUACGUCGCACUCGCACCAAGGAAGGUUUGAAACUACGUGACUUCGGUUAUGAACUAAUAUACGGUGAUGAACCGAUUAGCGGUGGUGGUGUGCACACGGCGUCACGUCAAAAUUCCAAUAUAUCUACCGCAAGCGGCAAUACCGACCACCACUCGGAGAGUAGCAGCAUAAUAAGUAGCAAGUCUCGUUCAUUCGCUCUGCUUCCGCACAAAAGUAAGAAGCAUUCAAGUAAUAGCUGCUCAUCUACUUCUUCAAUUGCUGAGUUGGGCAGUGCGGGUGAAAAGCGUUCCGGAAGCAUUAAAAAGAAGAGUAAAAGCGAGCGCAUUUUUCAACAAUUUCAUAAGCAUUCAACAAACAAUAGCAGUGCCAACUCGGCAAUGACCAUGACUCUGCCAUUAAAUAAGCAUAAAAAUAGUCAACGCGAUGCGGAAUUAUCCAGCGUAGUCUCUGGUUCAGGCAUUAAGAAAAGUCAUACCUAUAACCAUGAUUUGAAAGAAAAAGCUGGUGCUAAAUAUGAUGCUCAUCGGAAAAAUUCCGUACCGAUUUUAACAAAGUUGAGUACAACUUUCGGAGUAGGCGGUAGCAAUAGCGGUAAUAAUGCUUCGGGAUCGAUAAACAGUAGCAUUUUGACGGCUAGCGGUGGUAAGGGUGGCAAAGAAAAACGUCUGUUAGGCUCGCCGCUGCUCCACCGCACCGUCUUUGGCACACAACAUCAUCAUCGUCAUCAGCAACAACAUAAUAUGAGCGGCAUUUCAAUGCCAACCACACCAACAUGCGCUGGUCGCGAAUAUGAUCGGGAAAUUUUCUCACAAAUCAUAUUUCCAAAAGUGAAUACCAGCCAUCACCAUCAUCAUCAACCCAAUCACUAUCAAGGUGAUCGCACUGGUGCCAGCAACACGCGGCACGUUCAUUUGACUACCUCACAAGCCAACGAAGUAAUUACAGCCCCAGAAGAUAUCGCGCCACCGCCGCCGCAUGAAUCCCGUGAUGGUAAUGGCAAUGGCAAUAGAAGUCUGAAAGAGUUAAAUUCAACUGCUGUGAAUGCAGCGACAAUCAACUCGCCAGAAUAUCCGCACAUGGAGUGUCCGCCGGUAUUCGAACCCGAAAUAUACUCAUUAACCGAUCCGCAUGCUAGCCAAACCUUGCUAUUACGUCGCAAAGAUAGCGGUAGCAAUGGUGUUGAUAAGCAGUAAUAUCAAUAUCAAUCACAUAAGCUUAUAUGAAUAGGAAUAUCCUAUGUAAAGUAACCCAAGUUGUAACUGCUACGGUAUAGUUACGAACGUCAAAUAAUAGUGUCUUCCCUUAGUUAGUUUUAUGUUUUUUGAUAUUAAGUUCGACAGUCGUGUAAAUUAAUAUUUUUGAACGUAGUCU